AUGCAAACCCGCUCUCAAUUUGAUUGUGGUGCUAAGGUUAUGUGUAGGACAAGACAGAGACUCGUCGGGACUCUUCUCGGAACCCUAAACCAGCUCCCUCUUGAAGCAUUGGUGACUCAUAGCAGAGACAUCCAUCAACACUUGCGUCAUGCUUGGGAAAAGUGGCUGGUGAUAUUGGAAGAGGGAGGCGAGGGAAAAGGAGAUGCAGAACUCCUAAUUAGUACGUUAAAUCUCUGCGCCGGCAUGUCAGAUGAGCUAUUGUUGUCGCAUCCUAUGUAUCAAAAGCUUCUCAACAUCUCCAAUAAUGUUUGCCACCGUCUCCGUCUUUUCAAGCAGCAUUCUAAGAAUGCUGAGGAUCAGAGGGUUGAAAAGCAGCUGGAAAUAUCAACAUGCAUGGAGAUAGAAUAUGACAUGCAACAACUAGCUGAACUCGUGCUAUCCAAAUCUGAUUGUUCAUAUGAAGAUCUAGAUGCCAACAUCAAGCAAACGUUCUUUGAUGUAGUCAAGAGUUUCUAUUAUGCUGCUUACUGUAAUCCAACAACAAUCAAUUUCCACAUUGAUAAAGUACUUUUCGAAAAAGUACUUUAACCAUUAUAGUGUGUAUCAAGUUUGUGUUGGUGCAUUAUUCUAAUCUUAUAUAUAUUUUCUGCA